AUGAGUAUCUACCCGUCUCUCAUCUAUGUGUGUGUUAGGGUGAAUUCCCUUGGAAGAUUGUCAGUUGUUUUAGCAGAUUAUUGUGAAAAAAAAAGUUUGAACUUGCAUGUAGAUUAUGAAGAGCUCUCCCUCAGAACUAAAGUUCUUCGUGGAGAGAAAGUGGAAAGGUCUGUUGCUGCAAUAGCAGGAAAACACUUCCUCACCAUCAAUAAUUUCAUGAGAGCUUUUAACAUGGUAAAACAUGAUGAAUUUGUUUUAGCUCUAUUUAACUCGGUGGGUUUCAGAGGGUUGGCUCCUGAUGAGUCAACACUUGAUGAGUUAAUUUCAUCUGCUUGUUGUUCAGGAUUGAGUGUAUUAUCAUCCGCAAAGUGCAUUCACGCAGUGGUGGUCAAACACACCUUCUUUAAUCCAACGGUAAAGCUGUCAAACUCACUUAUGAGAAUGUACUUCAUUUGCGGAGACAUCGAUGCGGCAAUUCAACUGUUUCAUUCUUUGCCUGAGAAGAAUCUCGGUUCGUGGAACCGCUAUCUCACUGGUCUUGCUCAUUCUGGUUUCGUCGUCCAAUGGGUCAAAGCGUUGGACGAUAUGUUACUCGCAAAUUUUAAACCAAACCCUGCCACUUUCCUUGCUAUUUUCACCGCUUGUUGUCAUUCGGUUGAAGUCGAUCUUGGCAUGCGCUUUUAUAAGUUGAUGUCGAAAUACGAUAUCACACCAACUUUGAAGCACAAUGGUGUGAUUAUCGACAUGCUUAGUCGAGCAGGCCGUUUUAACAUGGCACUUGAUUUCAUAGGCAAGAUGGGUUUUCCUGCUAACGAUAUCAUCUCUGUUCAGUGGUGCCAAGUUGCACAAUAA